UAUACUCAUAUACUAAUGUCAGCUGUGUUAUAACAGCCAAAUGUAUUUAGAAUUUUCAGAAACUAAGUACAAAAAAAAGAAUCUUGAGUAAAAAUAUUAAAUAAAUAUUGAAAAAUGUUUAUAGUAGCUAUAACUGGAGGAAUAGCUACUGGAAAAAGUACAGUAAGCCAGGUGUUCCUAGAUAAUGGAAUACCAGUGGUUGAUGCUGACAAAAUAGCUCGAGAAAUCGUGCAACCUGGUACAACAUGUUGGCAUAAGAUACGACAAGUAUUCGGAGAUGAAAUUAUUCUGCCAACUAAACAAAUCAAUCGUGAGGCAUUGGGCAGGGCAAUUUUUAAUGACAAACAAUUACGCGGAAAACUAAAUCAAAUUACACAUCCCGUAAUACAUCGCACUAUUUUCCUACAAGUUUUCAAACACUUUAUGAGUGGGCGCUCGUGGAUUGUGCUUGAUUUGCCCUUGCUUUUCGAGACCGGCAUACUUAUGGAAUUCAUCUAUAAAAUUGUUACUGUGUCAUGUGAUUCUGAGAUCCAAUUAAGUCGGCUCAUGCAAAGGAACGAGUAUUCAAUUGAAGAUGCUAAAAAGCGUAUUGACUCGCAAAUGCCAUUAGAAAAGAAAUGUGAACAGUCUAAUUUCGUAAUUGAUAAUUCGGGUAGUAUUGAAGCCACCCGGGAAGCGGCUUUACGCAUAGUACAGCUAAUGAAUGACUCGAAACACCAUUGGCGUAAUCGUGUGACACUUUUUGGUAUACUGUUGGGAUUAUGCUUAGUGGUAUAUUAUUUAAAUAGAAUUUUUAAAUUCUAUUAGUUUGAGUUCCUAAAUAAAAUACAUUCCAUAAUAAGCAUAACUGGUUAACUAACUAUUAAUCAAGCUUUGGUAGUGACAAAUAAAAAAAUUUAUUAUUUUUUAAUAAUAUUUAUUAAAAUAGCUAACUAUUAAAUAUUCUUGCAUAUAAUAUUAAGUUUUAAUGAAAAUAUGAUAUCUUAGAAAAUAUAUAUUUAAAUAUUCCCUAUUUCACAUCUAUAAUAUAUUAUACAUUAUAUAACAAGACCGAUCAUUUUAAUUAUAUCAUUACAA